AUGUCCCAGCGCGUCCCGCCCAGCGUGUCCCGCCCAGCGUGUCCCGCCCAGCGCGUCCCAGCCAGCGUGUCCCGCCCAGCACGUCCCGCCCACCGUGUCCCGCCCAGCGUGUCCCGCCCACCGUGUCCCGCCCAGCGUGUCCCGCCCACCGUGUCCCUCCCAGCAUGUCCCAGCGCGUCCCGCCCACCGUGUCCCGCCCAGAGCGUCCCGCCCACCGUGUCCCGCCCAGCGCGUCCCGCCCAGCAUGUCCCAGCGCGUCCCGCCCAGCGUGUCCCUCCCAGCGUGUCCCGCCCAGCGCGUCCCAGCCAGCGUGUCCCGCCCAGCACGUCCCGCCCACCGUGUCCCGCCCAGCGUGUCCCGCCCACCGUGUCCCGCCCAGAGCGUCCCGCCCACCGUGUCCCGCCCAGCGCGUCCCGCCCAGCAUGUCCCAGCGCGUCCCGCCCAGCGUGUCCCUCCCAGCGUGUCCCGCCCAGCGUGUCCCGCCCAGCGCGUCCCAGCCAGCGUGUCCCGCCCAGCACGUCCCGCCCACCGUGUCCCGCCCAGCGUGUCCCGCCCACCGUGUCCCGCCCAGCGUGUCCCAGCGCGUCCCGCCCACCGUGUCCCGCCCAGCGCGUCCCGCCCAGCGUGUCCCACCCAGCGUGUCCCAGCGUGUCCCGCCCACUGUGUCCUGCCCAGCGUGUCUCACCCAGCGUGUCCCGCCCAGCGUGUCCCACCCAGCGUGUCCUGCCCAGCGUGUCCCAGCGCGUCCCGCCCAGCGUGUCCCACCCAGCGUGUCCCAGCGUGUCCCGCCCACCGUGUCCUGCCCAGCGUGUCUCACCCAACGUGUCCCGCCCAGCGUGUCCCACCCAGCGUGUCCCGCCCAGCGUGUCCCAGUGUGUCCCGCCCACCGUGUCCCGCCCAGCGCGUCCCACCCAGCGUGUCCCACCCAGCGUGUCCCAGCGUGUCCCGCCCACCGUGUCCUGCCCAGCGUGUCUCACCCAGCGUGUCCCGCCCAGCGUGUCCCACCCAGCGUGUCCUGCCCAGCGUGUCCCAGCGCGUCCCGCCCACCGUGUCCCACCCAGCGUGUCCCAGCGUGUCCCGCCCACCGUGUCCUGCCCAGCGUGUCUCACCCAGCGUGUCCCGCCCAGCGUGUCCCACCCAGCGUGUCCCGCCCAGCGUGUCCCAGUGUGUCCCGCCCACCGUGUCCUGCCCAGCGUGUCUCACCCAGCGUGUCCCGCCCAGCGUGUCCCACCCAGCGUGUCCUGCCCAGCGUGUCCCAGCGCGUCCCGCCCACCGUGUCCCACCCAGCGUGUCCCGCCCACCGUGUCCCACCCAGCGUGUCCCAGCGUGUCCGCCAUCGUCCCAGUCAAAGCAAAACAAACUCCUUCUUUCAAAAGGAAACCUGACUUCCACUGGAAUGCAGGGCUACCGACGCAGCAGCAGCCAGUGGUGCAACAGUACGGCGAUCACGUGACUAAGUCCGAGCCAACAGGGACCAAUAAUAUUUUUCAUAGGUUUGCACAAAAUGCAGUGGGCUUUUUGUCUCUGUGGUAG